AUGGCAAGCGGGACAAAAAGAAGAGUCGCAGCCGCAGCAAGAGCAAGAGCCGGAGUCGAAAGAAGGACGAAGGACAAGGACCGGAAGCGCCGCAAGAAGAAGAAGAGCAGCAGCAGCAGCAGCGGAGGCGAGCGCCGAAAACGCAAGGAGAAGGAGGCCGAGGCGCAGCGCAAGGAGGCCGAGAGCAGGCAGCUUGAGGCGGAACGCGUGCGCAAGAUCCAGGAGAGACGCUGCGCGCAUCAGCCGCAUCAAGAAGCGCCGACAGGCCGCCAGGGGCAGCGGCGAGGCUGGCGCCGACGCCGACGGGCUCGACGCCGACGACGCCCAGGGCGGAAGUCAGGAGGAGAGGCCGUCGUCCUCUCCGCCCCCGGCGGCGCAGCGCCAGACGUGCAGGCGGCCCAGAAGCACGCUUCGUCGUCCUCCGCGCCCGCGGCCGGCGCCGCGGCGGCGGCCGAGCGGCAGCGCCCCACGCCCGUCCCGCAGGACGGCGGCGUGCUGGACUCCGACGACGAGGCCGGCAGGCCCUCGGCGGCGGCCGCGGCGGCGGACCCGGCAGGGUUCAGGCCGGCGAAGCCCGCCGAGGAUGGCGGCGUCCUCGACUCGGACGACGAGGAGAGCCAGGCCGCGCGCCUCGGCGGCCGCCGGGGCGCCCGCGGCGGCACCCGCAGCGCCAGCAGGCGGAGCCGUGAUGUGCCUCGACGACUGAUUGGUCGAGGGGCGCUUCUAGUCUGA